AUGAAGUCAAGAAUAAAGAUAGUUUUCUAAUAAGAAUUUAAUUUAGAAAGCAUCAUUGGAGUUAACAACAAAAUAUAAUAAUCUAAGAAACCGAAAGUAAAAAACAGUGAUGAUGAAGUUUCAGAUGAAGACUAAGAUUUUCAAAAUUAUGAUUGGCAAAUAGAUUAUGCCAUUUCAUCACCUAAUUAAAAAUUCAUUGCUUUUGAUAUAAGUAAAUAAAAUGAUUUUGAAGAGAAAAGGUUUUAUCAUGUUGCUGUAGAUACAUCAACUAAAACGAUUAAAUAUUAAAAGAAAUUUUACGAUAAUUAAAACAUGUUAUUUACUUCUGAUUCUAAAUAUCUUGUAAUUGAUGAUGAUUCUGGAAAUUAUCUUGUGGAUUUGGAAACUUUUAAGUAAAAAAAAAUUGAAAAUAACGACAAAAUUAUUUCAAUAGAUUCAGAAAAUAAUAUUUUUCAAAUUUAAUAUAAUUUUAAUAAUAUUGAAUAAUUGAAAGUCUUUUCCAUAACUGAUAAUUUAUAAAGUGAUCUAAACAUUAGAUAAGAAAUAUUAUAAGAAAAAAUAAUUUAUUUUGAAAAAGUUUUUUCAGAUUGUGCUUUUAUUUAAACUCAAAUAAAAAAUUAUUUGAUUUGGUUAUCUAAUAAUAAAAUUCUUUAGAAAAAUGUUAAAAAGUAUUCUGAAGAGGAAUAUGAAAAUUGGAUCUAAUCAAAAUUUAUAUUGGUGGAAAAAGUCUAAUAUAAAAAAUGGAUUUUUGUUAAAAAUCUUAUCAAUAAAAAACUGAUAAGGAAAUCUAUUUGUAGUUAUGAUGCUAUAAUAUUUAAAAAAAAUAAAUCUGUUUACAAAUACAAUUUUUCUUAAAAAAAUAAUAAGGAUGGUGAUAAAUUAGAAAGAACAAAUUUAUUAACUGGGAUAAUUAUUAAGCCAGAUUUAGAAUUAGGGAAAUAUUAAAGAUAAUAUCAUGAUGAAGUUAUAAUUACUGAAAAUUAUUUGAUUGAUAUAGGACAUGCAAAAAUGAGAUAUUUCAAAAUUUUAGAUUGA